UAGCCUCUGAAUAUACUACCCUAUAGGGCAAAGGGGACUUUGCUAAUAUAAUUAAGGAUCCAGAGAUGGGAGUGUCUCCUGGAUAAUCCAGGUGGGCCCAAUGUAAUCACAAAGAUCUUUACAAAAGAGAAGCAGGUGGGUAUAGAGUGAGAUUGGGGAUGUGAUGAUAGAAACGAAGGUCGGAAAUAGAUUUGAAAAUAUCACGUUACUAGUUUUGAACACGGAAGAAGUCAAGGAACGUUGGUGGCCUCCAGAAUCUGGAAAAGGCAAGGAAACAGAUUCUGUCCUAGAGCCUCCUGGAAAAACCCUGUGCUCUGCUGACACAUUGACUUAACUCUAGUGGGACCUAUUCCAGACUUCAGACCUCCAGAACGAUGUAUUCCUGGAUUUUCUGGAAAAUUUUGUAAAAUUAAUAUAAAUGAAUGUUCUUCAUCACCAUGUCUAAAUGGUGCAAACUGUGGCGAUCACAUCAAUGGAUAUAUUUGCAAACGUCAACAAGGGUGGUCAGGACAUCACUGUGAUAAUGGACUUGAGGAGUGCAUUUCCAAAUUGUGUGUGCAUGGAAUACGCAUAGAAAAUGAACCUGACUUUGGCUCAGAAUGUUUAUGCAUAUCUGGAUUUGUGGCCUGCUCCACUGGGCUUUUUUGUGGUGCUGAAAUAAGCAGAAUUACCUGUUUACCUCUUGUCUCUCAAAGAACGGAUGUCAUUUCUACACAAACAUAUACAGUAUCUGCUUCUGACACUCCAAUCAGUAGCUUUCCAUCAGCAAGGGCUACAAGACUGUGGACCAUCAUGAAUACUAACCCAGAUGAUCCAGAUUGGACAUAUUAUACAGAUUAUCUGACCUUAACAUCUGAUUUAAAAGAAGAGCUUACAACUUCUUCAGAGUGGCCCAAAUGGGAACUUCAGCCUAGUGUGCAUGAUUGGGAAUCUUCUGCUGCAAGCCAGAGGCUUUCCAUCACUAGAUCGCUUACUUUGUCUUCACUGGAGUUCAUUCCAACACCUCUUCAGCUGACGAUUUCUGACUCCACAGAUUUCAGAUGUAUUUGUUAUUAUGGAGAUUCCUAUCUAGAAUUUCGGAAUGUGUUGUUAAGUCCACAAAGUAACGUAUCACUAGAAUUUCAUACCUUCAACUCCUAUGGACUCCUGCUCUAUAUCAAGCAAGACUCAAAUUCAGUUGAUGAGUUUUUUAUUCAAUUAUUUAUUGAAAAUGGUACUUUAAAGUACCACUUUUUCUGUGCUGGUGAAGCAAAAUUGAAAAGCAUUAACACUACCAUUAAAGUGGAUGAUGGACAAAAGUAUACACUGUUUAUCAGGCAAGACUUUGAUCCAUGUAGAGCUGAACUGACUAUUUUAGGAAGGACUAUGAAAACAAGUGAAUCUAUCAAUCACAUAUUUGGAAAACCCUUGCCAGAAUCAGGAUCUGUCUUUAUUGGUGGUUUUCCAUAUCUUCGUGGAACAAACCAGAUUUCUGGGCCAUUGGAGAAUUUUACUGGUUGCAUAGAAGUUAUGGAAAUCAAUAACUGGGAAUCUUUCAUUCCAUCCAAGGCAGUGAAAAAAAUUCACGUUGAAAAUUGCAGAUCCCAGGAUUCCACUCUGUCUACAGUGUCUUCUGUUGCUCCUUCUAGUGCAACAGAAGGGGUUGACGCCACAUGGACCUCCCUCAGCACCCCUCCUGUAGCGCCACCCGUGUGCCAGGAGGACCUGUGUUACAAUGGAGGCACUUGUCAUCCUGUCUCCCUCUCCAGCGGUACCUUCUCAUUCCACUGUGACUGUCCGCUACAUUUUACUGGCCGUUUCUGUGAACAAGGUGCAGGUUUACUUUUUCCAUCUUUCAGUGGGAAUUCCUAUCUAGAAUUACCUUUUUUUAUAACCCUGGAUGAGUUCACAUGUGUUCCAGGGAAAGAACAUAAGAGAACUGUUACCAUCUACUUGACUAUAAAAACAAACACUUUGAAUGGAACUAUUCUCUACAGUAGUGAGAAAAAUUCCGGACAACAGUUUCUUCAUUUAUUUCUCAUGGAUGGAAGGCCCACAGUUAAAUAUGGAUGCGGAAGUUCUCACAAUAUCUUGACUCUUUCUGCUAAUUAUAGCAUUAACACAAAUGCAUUCAUCCCUAUCACAAUACGCUACACAAUCCCUGUGGGCAGCUCUCAGAGUGUGUGUAUGAUUGAAGUGACUGCAGAUGGAAAACCUCCAAUACUGAAGAAAGACACAGAGAUAUCCCAUGUGUCUCAGGUGCAUUUUGAAUCAAUGUACCUUGGCCAUAUCCCAGAAGAUGUUAAGAUCCAUAAGAAUGCAGGUCACAUUUACGGGUUCAAUGGCUGCAUUCAAGAGCUUCAAGUAAACAACAAAGAAUUCUUCAUCAUUGAUGAAGCACUACGUGGAAAGAACAUUGAGAACUGCCAUGUCCCAUGGUGUGCUCGUCAUCUAUGCCACAACAAUGGCACCUGCAUCAGUGACAGUGAAAACUGGUUUUGUGAGUGUCCAAGGCUGUACUCAGGCAGGAUGUGCCAGUUUGCAACCUGUGAAAACAGUCCAUGUGGAAACGGUGCCACCUGUGUUCCUAAAUCCAGGACAGAUUCCCUCUGCCUCUGCCCUUAUGGGAGGUCUGGGCUCCUCUGCACGGAAGCUGUUAAUAUUACUCAGCCCAGGUUCAGUGGCACAGAUGCCUUUGGAUACACUUCAUUCCUGGCUUAUUCACGGAUCCCAGACAUCGGCUUCGAUUAUGAAUUCCACUUGAAGUUUCAGCUGGCAAAUAAUCACUCAGCACUGCAAAAUAACUUAAUAUUUUUCACUGGACAGAAGGGCCAUGGGUUGGACAGCGAUGACUUCCUGGCCGUGGGUCUGCGUGAGGGCAGUGUGGUUUACACCUACAACCUGGGAGCGGGCACAGCAAGUAUCAGCAGUGAUCCCCUCGAUCUGAGCCUUGGCAUCCACACAGUCCGUCUGGGGAGGUUCUUCCAGAUGGGCUGGCUGAAGGUAGAUGAUCAUAAAAAUAAGUCCAUCGUCUCCCCAGGAAGACUGGUUGGUCUCAAUGUCGUCAGUCAGUUUUAUGUAGGUGGCUACAGUGAAUACAUACCAGAUCUCUUACCCCAUGGAGCCGAUUUUAAAAAUGGCUUUCAAGGUUGCAUUUUCACUAUUCAAGUUCGCACUGAGAAGAAUGGUCACUUCAGAAGCCUGGGAAAUCCUGAGGGCCACCCAGAUGCUGGGCGCAGCGUUAGCCAGUGUGACGUUUCUCCUUGCAGUUUAAUGAAAUGCAGCAAUGGUGGGACAUGUGUGAAGAGUGCAUCCACUGUCCACUGUGACUGCCUCCCUGGGUGGAAAGGAGAACUCUGCACGGAGACAGUUUCCACCUGUGACCCUGAACAUGACCCUCCACACCACUGUAGCAAAGGAGCAACUUGUGUUUCAUUGCCUCAUGGGUAUACCUGUUCCUGUCCUCUGGGAACCACUGGAAUCCACUGUGAACAAGCUUUAUCUAUAAGUGAUCCAUCUUUCAGAAGCCAUGAAUUAUCCUGGAUGUCUUUUGCUUCCUUCCGUAUUCAGAAAAAGACACAUAUUCAGUUGCAGUUUCAGCCUCUUUCUGCAGAUGGCAUCUUAUUUUAUGUUGCACAGCACUUAAAAGCACAAUCAGGUGAUUUUUUAUGUAUCUCCUUAGUAAAUGGUUCUGUUCAACUUCGCUACAACCUCGGUGACAGAACUAUCAUUCUAGAAACGCUCCAAAAAGUGACUACUAAUGGAAGUAUUUGGCAUGUGAUUAAAGCAGGAAGAGUUGGUGCGGAAGGCUACCUGGAUCUGGAUGGGAUAAAUGUAACAGAAAAAGCCAAUGCAAAAAUGAGCUCCCUGGACACAAAUACUGACUUCUAUGUUGGAGGAAUGCCAUCUUUAAAUCUUGUAAAUCCUAUGUCAAUAGCAAAUGAACCUGCAGGUUUUCAGGGCUGUGUCCGAGAAGUUAUUAUAAAUAAUCAGGAGUUAAAAUUAACUGAAUUAGGAGCAAAAAGCGGAGCAAAUGUAGGUGACUGUGAUGGGACCCCCUGUGGGUACAAGGUGUGCAGAAAUAGGGGUGAAUGUAUAGUAAAUGGCACAACUUUUUCUUGCAAAUGUUUGCCACAUUGGACUGGAAAUACAUGUAACCAGUCUGUGCACUGUUCAAAUAAUCUUUGUCUCCACCAAUCUCUAUGUAUACCCGACCAAUCAUUUUCUUACAAUUGUUUCUGUGCUUUGGGUUGGGUGGGAAAGUAUUGUGAAAACAAAACUUCAUUUUCAACUGCAAAAUUUAUGGGUAAUUCUUAUAUUAAAUACAUUGAUCCAGAUUACAGAAUGAGAAACCUUCAGUUCACUACUAUAUCCUUAAAUUUCAGUACUACUGAAACAGAAGGCUUAAUUGUAUGGAUAGGAAAAGCUCAAAAGGAAGAAAAUGAUUUUCUGGCAAUUGGUCUCCAUAAUCAGUCCUUGAAAAUAGCAGUUAACUUAGGAAAAAGCGUAUCUGUGCCUAUGAUCUAUAGCAAUGGCACAUUCUUUUGUAAUAAAUGGCACCAUGUAAGUGUAAUUCAAAAUCAGACUGUUAUUAAGGCCUACCUAGAUAACAACCUAAUUCUCUCGGAGGAUAUUGAUCCAGACAAAAAAUUUGUUGAUUUAAACUAUGAUGGCAUUAGUUAUCUAGGGGGCUUUGAAUAUGGCCGAAAGGUAAAUACUGUUACUCAAGAGAUUUUUAAAAGAGAUUUUGUUGGCAAAAUUAAAGAUGUAUUUUUUCAGGACUCAAAAAAAAUUGAGUUAAUUAAAUCAGAAGGAUAUAAUGUUUUUAAUGGAGAUGAACAAAAUUAAUGACAUAAAUACUGGUAAUUUUGAUAUACAAAAUAUAUAUGUAAAUGUAUUUUGAUAGCUAUUUGCGGCACAUUGUUUACUAGAAAUCAGCUAUUUACUAUUAACUGAAAUAGUCUAAAUGCUAACAUACCUUAUUUGUAAGCUUAUAAAAUAUAGCUAAAGAAAUGAUUUUGGUUGGUUUUCCUACAUCCAAUAUCUAUAAACAUGUUGAUUCGAAAGUUUUCACUCCAUUAGUUCAUGUAGUGUUUAUUCAUCUGUGAAUUGGUUUUAAAUGAUAAAGAAAAAUAAAAUAAAAAGCAAAUUAUUAACCAAAGGAAAAAUAAAAAUUAUGUAAGAAAAAGCUACACAAUCAUA